AUGCGAUGUACAGAAACAACAGAAGUUCAAGAACCAUCUACAAGCAUGUCAGUUCAAGCAGAGUCCUCAGGUUCCUCACAAACUGUUAAAACACAACCAAAGAAAAGCUCACUCUGGGCUAAAUUCGAUGCCAAGGUUGAAAAAAUUGCACUCGUCUCUUCAACACACCCGUCUACAAGGCCUUAUAUUGAAAUGAGAAGAUAUUUGGAAUCGCCAAUUCCUAGAGAAGAUCUGCUAGAAUGGUGGAAAAAACAUGCCGUACUUUUCCCUAAACUCCAAGAACAAGCGAAAAUGUUCCUCUGCUCCCCAACAUCAUCAGUUCCCUCAGAAAGGCUUUUUUCUAAGGCUGGCAAACUAGUGCCCCAAAGAUGUAGGUGUAUAAAGGACAAGAACGUGAGUAUGAUCCUCUUCCUUAACAAGAACCUGAAGUAG